AUGAACCCCUCCAAAAACCCAAAUCCUGCCCUUCCCCCGCCGUUCAGCAUCGUCACCGCAUCCCGCACCCCUCCUCACACAAGAUUGGCAGUAGCAAAUGCAAUUGAGAUUGCUUCAAAUCCACACCCAGAUCUCACCCUCAAAUCUCAAGCCUUCGACUUCCUCAAUCAACUCCGCUCCGAUCCCUCCGGCUGGCCAGUCUGCCUCCGCCUCUUCCUCAAGUCCCCUCCCCAAUCCGAGAUUGUACGACAUGCCAGCUUGGAGGUCAUCAAUAGUGCCGCCCAGACGGGCCUGAUCGACCUGGACUCGCUCGCCUACGUUCGAGACGAAUUGAUGACCUAUAUCCGAAAUGUGUACGGUCCCGAGAACGCUGCGACGCCCGAUGCCCCGUACAUUCAGAAUAAGCUCGCACAGACAGUCACCUACUUGUUCGCCGGACUCUAUGCCGGCCGUUGGGAGACCUGUUUCGACGACCUGUUGAGCCUCACAUACAAGAGUUCGGCCAGCACGGGCCGCGAUAACCUGAACGGAAUUUUGUUCUAUCUGCGAGUCGUCAACUCGAUCCACGAGGAAAUUGGCGAUGUGCUGGUGUCAAGAUCCCGUGGCGAGCAGGACAAGGCGAAUAGUUUGAAAGAUCUGAUCCGAGAACGGGACAUGCAGAAAAUCGCCAGUUCAUGGCAAGAAAUCCUGUCUACGUGGCGGGACGCGGACGACACCGUGGUCGAGCUGUGUUUGAAGGCCGUCGGAAGUUGGGUCAGCUGGAUUGACAUUGGUCUGGUCGUCAACCAGACCAUGUUGGACCUGCUGUUCCAGCAGUUGGGCCGUGCGGAGAAGCAGGAACUGCGCGAUGGGGAACAACGGGUGCGGGAUGCCGCCGUCGACGUGUUCACCGAGAUCAUCGGCAAGAAGAUGAAGCCGGCCGACAAGAUCGAAAUGAUCGUCUUCCUCAACCUGGACUCGAUCGUCACGCAGCUGUCCAACAGCCCACCUCUCCGAGAGAGUCGAUUCACAUACAAGUACGACGUCGACCUCGCAGAGACCGUCGCCAAGCUCGUCAACAUCACUGUCAUGGAUAUCGUGCGGGCGCUCGAGACCGACACGGGCCCCGUGAAAGACAAAGCCAGCGACCUCCUUCAAGUUUUCCUUCCUCACAUUCUGCGAUUCUUCUCUGACGAAUACGACGAGAUUUGCUCGACGGUGAUCCCCUGCGUCAACGACAUGCUCACCUACAUGCGCAAGGUGGCCAAGGGCGACGCAGCAUUGGAAGCGCGAAACAAGUCCAUUCUGUUGCCGGUCCUGAAAGCCAUCGUGGCCAAGAUGCGGUACGACGAAACGUCCAACUGGGGCGAUGAGGAUGAACAGACCGACGAGGCGGAAUUCCAGGAGCUUCGCAAGAGACUGGGCGUGCUGCAGCAGAUCAUUGCCUCGGCCGACGAACAAUUGUACAUUGACGCCAUCUCAGAAGUGGUGGGCACCACCUUUGAAAAGUUGCGGGCCUCGGGGGGUCAGAUUGAUUGGCGUGACCUGGAUCUCGCUCUGCAUGAGAUGUUCAUCUUUGGCGAUCUCGCGGUCAAGGCUGGCGGCUUGUAUGCCAAGGGCUCACCCAACGGUCCUGCCGCGGUACGUCUGAUCGAGAUGAUGCUCGGCAUGGUGGAGUCGGACAUUCGUUCGUUCACCCACCCGGCGACUCAGCUUCAGUACAUGGAGAUUUGUGUUCGCUACAGUUCGUUCUUCCAAAAUCACGUGCAGCUGAUUCCGGGGGUGCUGGAGAGUUUCCUGCAGUUGGUCCACCACCCGAAUCGCAAGGUCAAGACUCGCUCCUGGUAUCUCUUCCAACGACUCGUCAAGCAGUUGCGGGGUCUGAUUGGCAACGUGGCGCAGACCGUUGUGGAAGCCCUCGGUGAUCUCCUGGUCAUCCAAGCGGAGCUUCCCUCUGACGGCGAGGAUGGCGAUGAGAUGUCUUCGGAAGAUCACGAAGGCUCUGCAGAUGCGGUGUUCAAUAGCCAGCUGUACCUCUUUGAGGCUGUCGGUGUCAUCUGCUCGACCAACAGCGUGCCUGUCGACAAGCAGGUGCUUUACGUUCAGUCCGUGCUGAACCCGAUCUUCGCCGACAUGCAACGUAAUCUUGAUGCGGCCAAGUCCAACGACGAUCGAGCGCUCCUGCAGAUUCACCACGACAUCAUGGCUCUAGGCACACUGACCCCGGCCAGUAGCACCCCAGUCACCACCCCCGCGCCAGAGGUGUCUGAAUGUUUCUGCCAGGUGGCUGAGGCGACUCUGGUUGCUCUCGAGUCUCUCAAGACAUCAUUCAACAUUCGUACGGCCGCCCGAUUUGCCUUUUCCCGAUUGAUCAGCGUUCUCGGCGUGCGCAUCCUGCCCCAGCUUCCCCGGUGGAUCGACGGACUUUUGACACAGACAUCUUCCCGCGACGAGAUGGCUCUGUUUCUGCGUCUGCUGGACCAGGUCAUCUUUGGAUUCAAGGGCGAAAUCUUUAGUAUUCUCGACACUCUUUUGACUCCCUUCCUCCAGCGCGUCUUUUCUGGUCUAGCCGAUCCGACCACGGGUACCGAUGACGAGAUUCAGCUGGCUGAGCUGAAGCGUGAAUAUCUCAACUUCCUGCUGGCUGUCUUGAACAAUGACUUGGGUGCCGUAAUCAUCAGUGAGAGGAAUCAACCGCUCUUUGAAACGGUGAUUACAACCAUCGAGCACUUUGCCAAGGACAUUGAAGACUUUACGACCGCGAAAAUGGCCUUCUCCGUCCUCUCCAGAAUGGGAAGCGCUUGGGGUGGACCCGACAUUGCCCCGGGGGCUUCCAACGGCGCUGCGCCAACUCAGGCGGCCAUUCCUGGAUUUGGUGGGUUCAUGAUCAGCCGAUUCUCGCCUCUUUGCUGGGCUCUCCCUACCACGCCUAGCUUCAACUCGAAAGAUGCCCUCGCCAAGCAAGUUCUCGCUGAAGCAGGUGGUCUGCAACGCACCAUCUACCUCAAGACCGGGAUGGAAUACGUUGAGUAUCUGCGGACUCGGGAACUUCCCGGCAUGGGCAUGGGUGGUGAUCUGAUUGAAGAAUUCUUGACGGCCCUCAGUCAGUUGGACAUGAAAGGAUUUAGGCAAUUCUUCCCGUCUUUUAUUCAGCGAUUAAGCGCAUAA